UUCGCGAGUCCCCUCUCUUACCAAAGUUGAAGGUAGCCAUACACAGAAAAAGGCUGACCGGUGGUUCCCCUCGGUUUUUUUCAUUAUGCACACAUUGCGGGACCUCAGCAAGCAGGCCUGAGUGACCGUUUCUGUACGAGCAAAGACAGAUGGCCAUUCUCUCCACGUUUUCCGUUCCCUCUCCCCGCUCUGCAAGGAUGCUCACCAGACGGAGAGAAAUCCGAUUCCAGGGAUUUCUGGGCGCUUCAGUCAGCCACUUUUCCUCUUGGCCUGUCCCGAACUUGUAGAAAGCUGCCCACUGCUGAGGCACAGCUGAGCAGGCCCGUCAGCGUCUCGCGCAGACACUGUCUAAAAAUGGCACGCCUUUCCCGUGUGCAUCUCCGAAUUCUGACUUUAAUCGAUACAAAGUGCCACGCGCGGCAAAUUUGCUAUUUUCCUUUCCUCGUCUAACGGCCCAUUCGGGACCGGAAACUCCCGAGACCGGCCGCGGCGUGCUCCCAGAGCGUGAGCUACGCGAGCCGCAGGUGUACAGACACUUCCCGAAGGUCAGUUGCGUUUGCACUGGAGGGUGAACCCAUCCAUUUGUUCGACACAAAAUGAGUCUUCCCUGCGCUUUCGUACGGGCAACCUCAUGUCCCAUUUCCGCCACGUCGCUCUCCGUGUGUCAAUUACAGACUUACGUUCCUCACUAAAGCAAGGGUGAGCUGUGCGAUUGAGACUUUUGCUUUUUCCCCCACAGCUCACCAAGCACCUGCCAAAAAGGAUCCAGAAUGGCAUAGGUCGUUCCCUUUUUCAUGCAUAGGUCCUUGCUGAAGUGGCGGAAAGGGGAAUGUACCCGACAAUGCAGGAGGCUCGGAAGUCGCCGUCCCCUGCGCCGGCGGCGGCGCCAGCCGUACCUGCUCCCGGGCGCGCAUCUGUGACGCCUUUUCUGCUUCAGACGCUCUCGAAGCUUCUGUCCGUGUCAUUUUCGAUUCUCAUCUCGCGCCUCUUUGGUCUUCCGUCACACAUUUUGGCGGCAGCCGUCUUCUAUUUGCCCGCUCUUCAGACAACGGGUCUCUUCGUCAUGCGAGAAGCUCUGCGGCGCGCCACGGCGCGCCCCGUCGCCUCGGAUUUGUCUGUCUCUGUCCAUGCGUCCGGCAGCGACUCUGAAGCGCACACGAAGGCCCAGCGAACCUCCGCAAGCCGCCCGCCCUCUCCUGAACGUGUCGAAGGCGCCUCGCGCGCCAAGGCUCCCUUGUGUCCCGUGCAACGAAACAGCCUGUGCAGCAGCUUGAAUCUCGCAUAUCUCGGCUCAGUCUUCUCGAUUGUCUUUUCUCUGCUUCUUGCGGUUGUCUGGAUCGCUGUGCCUCCGAUUCUCCGGAGUGGAACCGACGGGAGAGAGGGCGCGAACUUUUUUGCGCAGACCAACGACAUGCGCUCGCAGGAGCAGGCGACGCGCGCCGUCCUCGAAGCCGCGGGACAUGCUGCCACCCUGUGGAGCUACCGGAUAUGUGUCGUUCUCUUUUUCUCCGCAAGCGUCGUCGAAGCCGCUGCAGAGCCCCUGUUGAUCCGCGUGCUUCUCCAAGUCACUGAGCCUCACACGAGCGACGAAGAGACCGACGACGGAGUCGCGGAAGAAGACAACGAAGAGGAAAGGAGUUGGAGGAACGGCGCCUUCGGAGAUGUGGAAGGAAAGCCGGCGAUGCGAGGCGUCUGGGCGAAGGACGGAGAAGGCGGAAGGCGAACAGUGCUGACAAAAGACAGCGGAGAAAACGGAGCAAGGAUAUCCUGCAAAGAACAGGAAACACUUGCACUGAGUGCGGAGGCUGCGUGUCGGCAUCGAGCCCUCGCAGAGGCCGCUGCGACUUUGGGCAGGACGCUGACCGUUCUGUGUCUCUUGGGAGUACUUCAUUUUCUUCGGCUGCUGGUCGUCGAUCUCCACUUGAAGUCGGGGACGGCUUGCGGCGACGCGUCCUCCUGCGACUCUCAGACGUUGGUGGGGAGAGCGGCCAAGGCUCCAUCGGGCCUCGGCACCCUUCAGGUGUCUCCCGGAGAGACAGCGGUCCUGGCGCGUCUCGUUCUGUCUCUCACCGUCUCUCACCCCCUACUGGCCUUCGCCUUUGGCCAAGUCGUCUACUCGCUCGUGUGGUUUUUUCGUCUCAUGCACGCGGCGCAGCCGCUAACCACACAGAGAAGAAGGAAACGGAGGCCGUGCUUCUUUACUGAACUGAGAAGGUACCUGGAGGCUGUCUCGCACAUCCGCGCGGGAAGGUGCAGCUGUGGCGGCAGACGCUGCGCGGGGUCGUCGGCUUCGCGGGCGGUCGCCACGGACUUUGCAGCCUCAGUUCCUGCAGAGUCAGGCGUCCUUUGCUCUGCCCCACCGCGCCCGAUUUGGGCUCGUUGGCUUCCGCGCCUUCGGGGGGUAUGCCAGGCUCCGCAGAGAGCGCGCGAGCGGCUGCUGGAGGCGGCAAGACGCCUCACCGUCGCCGAACACCGCCGGCUGCUUCGAGUCAGUUUCGGACUCAUGGUGCAGAAGUUUCUGGGGGUCGAAGGCGAAAAAUUGCUCCUCCUCGCCCUCCUCAGUCCGGACGCUGCAGGCGAGUUCGCCUUCGUCACUGGCGCAGCUUCCAUCUUCCCUCGCCUCCUUUUUGGCCCCGUCGAAGACGCCGCCUUCACCGCUUUCUGUGCGCUGCACGGCGCCGGCGCCUUGGGCUCCAAGACGCCUCCGGAGACACUCGAUCCCAGUGCGCCGGAACGCCGGACAGCCUCCACGGUGGCGACUAGCCCGGCGGAGACGAAGGCGCGAGACGACGCGGGGAUCCCGGAAGAGGCGGGCGGCCUCCAGAGGCGGCAAGGCCUCGUGGUGCGUUUGAGGCGGAGAGCGAACCACGCGCAGCCUCUGUCUCCGUCGAGCCUCAGGCGUGGGGUCGGCGGUCCAGCAUGCAGCGACCAGCAGAGACCGGCGGGUUUGGGGUCUUCGUCUUCGCUCGGAUCACUUUCGAUGGGAGGCGAAGACUCUUGCGGGGCUCUGGCACCUGGUGGAGAAGAGGUGGACGGCGGUGACGCUCUUGAGGAGAGAAAAGGCGAAGGACGGGAGGAGCUGCUCGGGCCGUCGGUGCCGCUGCUUCGUCUCCUCCUUGCCCUCGAAGGAACAAUUGGCCUUGUCGCGGCUACAUGUGGACCGGUCUUCGCCAGAGUAGCUGUGCGGCUCAUCUACGGACCCAGAUGGGGUAACUGCCCCGGCGCCGUCGCGGCCCUCCAAGUGUACAGCGUGUAUAUUCUGCUGAUCGCAGUCUUCGGGCUGCUCGACGCGCAUGCACUCGCCACUGCGCCACCAGCCAUGCUGCGACUUCUACGGCGUUUGAAAGGAUGGGCGACUGCUCUGCAUCUGGUCGUUUUGUUGCCUGCAUUUGUUUCCUUUUUUCCAGAGCGGCAGGCAGCCGCAGUCGUCGCAGCGCAGUGUCUGUACACCUUCUUCGGGAUUAUCGCCGAUGUGGUGCCCGUCGCGUUCCGUCUCGCCAGCGUCCGUUCGAAACGGAGUCGGAGUUUAGAGACUCUUUGCAUCGUUCGGCAUCUGUCUUCUUUGGGGACGAAGAGUGACUGCGCUUCGGAGUCCUCGGGCGUCCAGCUCGCAGUGCAAACAGCGUCGCAUGCACCCGCGAUAGUGCAUGCACCAGAUACACCGCAUGGACGGAAUGCGUCACCGGACGUUUCUUUGGAGCGCGGGGCGUCGCGGCGGAGGUUUCUUUUCGCCAAAGGGCUGGCGAACGGAGGUGUGAAGGACCGUGAAGAAGAAGCGAGAGAGAGCGAGACGCAUGUGUGGGGGUCGAUCUCAGCAGAAGAGGGGGGAGGUGCCGAAGAAAGAGCGAAUGCGUUUCAGGAGCGCUUGCGUCUCGCUGACCUCUUGCCUCAUGUCUUCCCUGCUGCACUUGCACUUCUCCCGCCAUCGCCGCUGUCGCUAGUUCUGCCAAUUCUGCUUGCAGCGAGCCUCGCGGUGGCAGCUGUAUCUUCACUGCGGCGCUCAGCGCAGGAAAGCUGCGCUCCAGAGGAGUCUGCGAAAGACGCAAGAAGUGACUCCACACGUCGCGUAGACUUCGACUCCGACAUCUGUUUGUUCGAGAGCAGAGGGGGGGAACCCGAGGAACUCAGGUCGUGCCGGCCGGGGAGACACAAGCGCAUGCGACAGAAAGACAGGAUAGAGAUUCUUCCGCGAGACAGUUCGAGCGCCGACUCCGCAUUCGCUCAAGGGGACUCGCAGGUGUUGCGCGUGAUGGGAGUCUGCGCGAAGGAGUGGCAUGUAGAGGUACUGCUCGGCUUCGUCGUUGCAUGCGGUCUGGUGCUUUCGCUGUCAAAGCCUUGUUUGACAACGUUGACUCUGCUCCAAGUCGGGGGGGCAAGGACGCAGGUGCCUUUGCUAGGCAGCUUGACGGCUGCAAAAACGUGAGCUUUUCAGCGAGGAAAGAAGGUGUCAAACUGGAAAACAGGAGGCGUCGAUGUGGAAGGGGGUAGGGGGGGUAGGGGGGUGUCACUUCGUGCAUGCGAUUCGGUGGAAGAGUGGCGACGGGAGAUUCAAGCAACACUCAGUUUUCGCGA